AUGAGUUCGGAAUCAGCCCAAGAUGUUGAGGCGAAGCCUAAAUCGGUGGGCGGAGGUCCCAAUGCUGGCCACGAAUAUGAGGAAGUGCUUCAAAUAAUCGGAUUCGGGCGAGUUCAGUGGAUCGUCCUUUUUGCGGCAGGACUUCUGCUUAUGAUGGUCAUAAACGAGACCAUGGGCAUGUCCUACAUCACGAUUGUUUCCCAGUGUGAUUUCAACACGAAUUCAAUGGAUAAAGCGAUCAUGAGUGCUGCCAGUUUUAUCGGCAUUUUCUGCUCUUCCUACUUUUGGGGCUACCUAAGUGACACUAUUGGUCGAAGGCCAGUAUUGAUCUAUACUACGAUCGCCGGAAACGUGCUGUCGUUAUGCUCUACAGUAAUUCCGAGUUACUGGUUUUACGUCUUUAUCCGUUUCGGAGUUGGAUUUUUCAUUGCGGGAGCAUCAUCAACAACCUAUGCGUACCUUGGUGAAUUCUUUACUCCUCGUCAUAGACCCAUCGCUAUUAAUUAUGCUAGUCUUUUUGUGGGAAUAUCAACGGUUUAUGUCCCAGCUACUGCGUGGAUGAUCCUAUCAAUGGAUUGGAGUGUAAGUGUGACGGAGGACUUUUCAUUCCGUCCUUGGCGAUUGCUGACAAUUUUUUACUUGCUGCCCGGUGUCGUGGGAACCAUCUUGUUGUGGUCCCUUCCUGAAAGUCCUAAGAUCCUAAUAUCCCUGCAUAAAACUGAAGAGGCUUUUGCUGCCGUCGAUUGGAUUGCUGUAACGAAUUCCGGCAAACACUUGCACGAAUUCAAGGUUCAUAAGUUAAAAACAGAUGUCCAUUCGGAUGGAGAAAAUGUUUUACUUAUUUCUAAGUCAGCGUUCACCACAAUCAAGAAAAUGUGGAAGGAAACCUUGCCGCUAUUAAAAAGACCUUACUUGGUAAACUUUGUUAUUAGCUGUACCAUAAUGUGUGGGCUAUUUUUCAGUUCUUCGGGAAUGGGUCUUUGGUAUCCUGAAAUACAAAAUCGCUUGGGUUCAAAUGAAGCUGAGGAUUCAAUGACAGUUUGCCAAGUUAUUGAUGCAUCAAUAGAUCAGAUGCAAGCCAAUGCAACCAAUAAGAUUUGCGUCGACCAUAUAAACACAAAGAGUUAUAUAGACACCAUUACCUAUGGAUCGGCCUUAAUUGUAGGCUACAUACUGAUGGGAUUUGUUUUAAAAACAAUUGGUCGCAAGGCCUCAAUUUCAAUUGGCUUAACGUUAGCCGGAGCUUGUGCAGUCGCAUUAAUAUUUAUCAAAGACGAAGUCGUGAUUGUGGUUUGCUUCUGCUUAUAUCUGGUAUUGCCGGGACUUUGUGUGUCGAUUCUGAGUGGGGCAGUCGUCGAUCUGGUACCCACUCACCUUCGGGGAAAAGCGGUCUGCAUUUGCCUGAUGCUGGGUCGUACGGGCAGCGUUUUUGGGAGUAAUAUCAUCGGAAUUCUUCUAGAGUCGUACUGCUCUCUCACUUUUGGAGUCUUCUCUGGAUUUGUUCUUGUUUGUGCGAGCCUGACGUUGCUGUUGCCCAUUUGAGAUUUGCCAUAAUAGGUUAAGUAGGUUAGUUAGUUAGUAAUUUAUGUACC